AGGGCGCGCUCAAAGAGUACUUCUCGUCUUACUGCUGUAGCGUCAAUUCUUCCCCCCAUGAAGCGCUUUCUUCACGGUUACCGCCCCCAUUUCGUCGCCGCUGCUCCUGCAAACGCCUCCACCGCCAUGUCUUCUCGUCCUCCCUACCGAGGCGGCCGGAACCAUCCCCGGAGAAACUUCUUCGAUCGGCCCUACACCGGCGGCAUAAGCCACAACGUCUCCGGCCUUGGCGACCCGCACUUCCGACCCGUCCGCGAGGCCAAUUUAGGGUUCCACCAUGGGGACAGCGGAAGCGUCGAGGAGAACUCAGGCUUUCCAGCGCAGGAACGGCCUCCGCAUAGUCAAAACCAGAGCUUUCGUCCGCCCCCGCCGCAGCAGCGGCAUUUUCAUCAGAACCCGCAGUUCCGACAGCGGCCGCAAUACCACCGUCCUCCGCCCUUUGAACAGAAUCAACCGCAAAGGCCUCCGCAGCAGUUUAGACCGCGGCCUCCGGAUUAUCGAAUUUGGGAGUAUGCUAAAUCGGCACCGCCCUCUACUAGUGAGCGGUUUACGAUUCUUUCGUAUAAUUUACUGGCUGACUACGUUGCUCUGGGUUAUCGUCAUCGGAUGGAGCUUUUCAGUCACAUUCCUCGUCGUAUAUUGGAUUGGGGAUGGAGAAAGGGGAAUAUCAUCUUCGAGCUCGGAUUAUGGUCCACUGACAUAAUGUGCUUUCAGGAGGUUGAUAGAUUUCAGGACUUAGAGGAGGAGUUAAAACUUCGGGGAUAUAACGGCAUUUGGAAGAGAAGGACUGGCAAGCCUCUUGAUGGUUGUGCAAUAUUUUGGCGUGCAUCCAGAUUCAAGUUGCUCCAUGAAGAAUCAAUUGAGUUCAAGAAUUUUGGACUUCGGGAUAAUGUUGCUCAGAUUUGUGUACUGGAGUUGAUUAGUCAAAAUUGUGAAGGGAACGCUGCAGCUCUUGAAACAAGCUCAACAGGUUCAAAUAAAGUUGUAGUUUGUAACAUUCAUGUGCUUUACAACCCUAGUAGAGGAGACAUAAAGCUUGGCCAGGUGAGGACCCUCCUUUUUAGGGCACAUGCUGUUUCAAAGCUCUGGAAUGAUGCUCCAAUUGUCCUUUGUGGGGAUUUCAAUUGUGUACCGAAGAGUCCAAUAUACAACUAUAUUUCAGAACAGAAGUUAGAUAUAUCCGGACUUCAUAGAGAUAAGCUGUCAGGACAAGCUUCUGCUGUAAUUGGUGCUCAAAGGACGUAUAAUCCUAAUCCUGGCCUCAGGUCUGGUGAUAAUUUAAAUCCAGCUCCAUCAGUGUUGCUACACAGAGAAGACGGCAUCAAGCAGAACGAAUCAUCCUUUGACACACAAAAGCUAUAUAAUGCGGAUAGCAAUCCAGAAAAUGUUCCCUCAGUGGAAAACUUCUCUCAGCCUCAAUCUAGCAAUGCUCUUGAUGCCUGUGAUACAUCAAACACUGGGGUUGAACGGAGAAAGGAUGGUGAUGAAGUUAAAGAAGAAAGUGAACAGAUCUCUGCAAAUUACCUCAGUGAUGGAAGUAGAUCAACUUGCUGUAUGCAAAGUGCUGAAUUGCUUCAAGAUGUAAGUAUGCCUGAAGGUGAAUGUGGCUCUUCCACCGGUCAUAGUAGGAACUCUGAUCCGAAAAUUUAUUUGGAUGAGGAAAGCAUGGGCCGCCAGUCCGAGCAAAUUUACAGUGACGAGCAAGCUGGCUUCUCAGGCCCAAGUCAAGCUCACGGGUCAUCUGCAUCUAUUAGUAUUGAAGUGCAAGAAAAAUUUGACAAUUUAUUCUUUAAUGACAUAGAUAAAGCCAUAACUGAAGACGGAAAUGUAGUCGAAGAUAGUAGCACAUUUUUAUCUGCGUUACACAACACUGAAGAUGCUUCACCUCGUAAGCUCGGUCAGUUGCUAAGAUCAGGUCCAGCGGAAACUGAUCCCUCCAAAGGUUUUGCUUCUGCUCUCCUCAAUUCAUCACAGCAUUCAUUGCACAACAGGGCUGAGAAUGAUGCAUCUCCAGAUUUGGAUCCGGAACCUCUUGUUGUGGAUAAAAGCUAUUACGACCCAUCAUCGUGGACUCCUGGGGACAUUGAAACUGCAACGGGCAAUGCAGACUGUACUUCUUUAGAACAUCCUCUGAAGCUUAGAAGCACAUAUACUGAAGUUGAGGAUACAUUGGGUAUUAGAGACUCAAACGGAGAGCCCCUUGUAACCAGUUAUAACAAGUGUUUCAUGGGGACGGUUGAUUACAUUUGGCGUUCUGAACGUUUGCAGACUGUCAAGGUGCUUGCUCCAAUACCAAAACAGGUCAUGCAAACAAUUGAAGGAUUCCCAACAAAGAAAUGGGCUAGCGAUCAUAUCGCGUUGGCUUCUGAAUUAGCGUUCGUAAAAGAUGAGACUAAUCAUAAUGCUAUUCACUAGAUCAAGGGUUUUUGCGUUUUGACAUAUCCAGUAAGGGUUUAUUGCCUCAACUCUAAGAACGUCUAGUUAGUAUUUUGUCCACAAGCUGUCUUCCAACAAUUUCGAGGUCAGUCACAGUCAUUUGAACUAUUCCUUCAUGUAUCUCGUUACUCAUUCUGUACUGUACUUCUUUACAAAUCAAUUCAAACUUGUGAAAAAAAAAACAUGGAUCUUCCUAUUUUGAUGAGGAAGACUAUAUUCAUUGGUUCCUAUUUUAGUAUCCUACUACUUGUCAGUUGUCACUUA